UAUGGUCCUUUAGAUUCUUUAAUUAUUGUUUUCUGUUUUUCAGUCUUGCAUUGUUCAUUUUCCAUUUUCAUAGUUAUUUUAGUUUUUUUAGAGUUUUCGAGCUUCCCAACUUGCAUUUGUCUUUGUUUCUUAAUUUUCACAGAAGCACCGAGAACCACCCGAACUGCCUUGCAACUUGAAAACAGAGGUCGACCGAAUUAGCAACCUACCUUGCCACAUCAUCGACAAAAUCCUAUCCCACUUACCAAUUCGAGACGCUGUCCGAACGAGCGUUUUGUCAAAAAAGUGGAGAUACAAAUGGGUCACCCUUCCUUCCCUCGUCUUCGACAAUCAACCCUCCCUAAUCUCAACUCACGACACGAACCUCGUGAAAAACAAAUUAGUCAACAUCAUUGACCAUGUCCUUUUACUCCACACGGGCCCCAAAGAAAAAUUCAAGCUUUCAAUUCGAGAUCUUCAAGGCGUUAGUGAUAUCGACAGGUGGAUACUAUUUCUCUCGAGAGGCUCUGUAAAAGAAUUAAUACUCGAGAUAUGGAAAGGCCAUAGGUACAAGCUUCCUUCCUCGAUAUACUCGUGUCAAAAGCUUAUCCAUUUGGAGCUCUUUAACUGCCUCUUGAAGCCGCCUCUUAAUUUCAACGGGUUUAGAAAUUUGAAGAGCCUCGACUUGCAGCAUAUCACGAUGGACCAGCUGGCGUUUGAGCACAUGGUUUUAAGCUGCCCUCUGCUCGAGCGACUGACUCUGAUGAACUUUGAUGGUUUUGUCCUUCUGAACAUACGAGCGCCGAAUCUGCUUUUCUUUGAUGUCGGGGGCGUUUUCGAGGAAGUCAGUUUUCAGGAUACUUUCAAUUUGUCUGUUGUGUCCAUCGGUUUGUAUGCGAAAACCGGAGUCGAACGGAAAGUGGCGUUCGGCAACUCGGGUAAUUUGGUCAAGUUUUUUGCCUGUCUGCCCCACAUUCAGAGGCUUGAGGUGCAAAGCUUUUUUCUGAAGGCUCGUGCAGAGGAACAAGCUAGUGUUGGAACAAAUGCAAACAUCGCGGAUAAUUUACAUAGCUUUUCGUUCAAUAGGCUUCGGGUUAUCAAGAUUGUUGGAAUAUUCGGCACACGACAAGAGUUGGAUUUUAUCAGUUUCAUGCUUGCAAAUGCGCCUGUGCUCGAGAAAAUGACAGUUAAACCGGCAUCAAUGGAUAGCGGGUGGGAGUUGCUCAAGGAAUUGCUUCGCUUUCGACGUGCUUCCACAUUUGCCGAAAUCGUUUAUCUGGAUCCAUAGGCAAGCUACAAAAUCAUCUAUAUCUAUCUAUACAUUAAUAAAGAGAAAGAAGUCUAUAAAUAGGCAUAUUAAAAUUUUCUCGCCAAAUAUUAUUAGUUUAUUUAGAAAUUUUAUUUUUUUUCUUAAUAAAGCUAUAGUUUUCGUGGAAUACCUAAAUUGAAAUAUACUUAUAAUUAUGUUUAAAUUACUAUAAAUUAAUAAU